AUGGAGAGCUCCCGCCUGCGGCUGCUGCCCCUCCUGGGCGCCGCCCUGCUGCUACUGCUACCUUUGCUGGGUGUCCGUGCCCAGGAGGAUGCCGAGCUGCAGCCCCGAGCCCUGGACAUCUACUCUGCCGUGGACGAUGCGUCCCAUGAAAAGGAGCUGCCAAGGCGGCAACUUCGGGCUCCUGGCGCUGUGUUGCAGAUUGAAGCGCUGCAGGAAGUUCUGAAGAAGCUCAAGAGUAAACGCAUUCCGAUCUAUGAGAAGAAGUACGGCCAAGUCCCCAUGUGUGACGCCGGAGAGCAGUGCGCAGUGCGGAAAGGGGCCAGGAUCGGAAAGCUGUGUGACUGUCCCCGAGGAACUUCCUGCAACUCCUUCCUCUUGAAGUGCUUAUGA